AUGAGUCGUCAAAAAAGUUACCAUGACAAGAGGAGGAAAGCACUUGAGUUCAAGAAGGGAGAUCACGUGUUUUUGAGAGUUAUGCCAGUAACUGGUGUUGGUCGAGUUUUGAAGUCUCGAAAGCUCACAUUGUGUUUUAUUGGUUUGUACCAGAUUUUACAGAGGAUAGGAGAGGUGACCUAUCAGAUUGCUUUACUGCCGCUGCUUUCUAAUCUUCAUGAUGUGUUUCAUGUGUCUCAUUUGAGGAGAUGUAUUUCUAAUCCAUCUCAUGUGAUCCAGGUGGAUGAUGUGCAGGUGGGAGAUAAUCUGACUGUUGAUGUAUCACCCGUGCGGAUAGAGGAUCGGGAAGUGAAGCAGAUGCAUGGUAAAGAGAUUGCCUUAGUAAAGGUAGUAUGGUGUGGACCAGCUGGUGGGAGCAUUACUUGA